AUGCCCGCUCACCGAGCCCGCCUGGCCUUCGAGCCAAUGCCCCCCGACCUCGAUAUUGACUAUGUCGUGGAUACGACGGAGAACUUCCAGUUCGCGGACCGAGUCACUUGUGACUCCCUCGAUAGAUUCUCUCUCGAGCAAUUUGAGAAGCUCGCCCAUUUCCAAGUGGUUUUGACCGGCAGACCGCUUGUCGUGGAAGGGUUUCACCAACGGUGGGACAAAGACCUCUUCUCUGAGAAAUGGCUCCGAGAGAAGUAUUCGUCAAAAAUCGAAGAUGUUCGUGAUCUCAGCAAGAAAAACAACCGGCCAUUCACUAUAGGGCAUUAUCUGAAAAGCCUUCCGCUCUUGUCCAAAAAGAUCACCUCUGAUAACUACAUGGACAAAACCUGCCAGCGGCUUUACAUGAAGGACAUCGACUGCCCUUCGGAGUGGCAGGAAAACCUCGAGCAACUCAUUCCACCGGCCUUGUUUUACCUAAAUGAUGCUCCAAAGCCUUUCUCUGGGCCUGCAUCAUCUGAUACGAAUGUGUCCUCGCACCCCAAAUCCUCACAGGGCGAACCACUUGCCCCAGCGGGCGAUCUAAUGAGCAGUCUUCCACCAAGUAUGCGGGCUGAAAAUCUGAUGUGUUAUAUUGGCCAUGAAGGGACCUUCACACCAGCCCACCAAGAGAUGUGUGCUAGUCUUGGCCACAACAUCAUGGUGGAUGCUUCAGAUGGUACCCCAGAGAACGGCCAAAAGACAGAACCCGGAUCGUCGAUCUGGCUUAUGACCCAAACAAAGGACCGGCGCGUUGUGUCCGAGUACUGGAUGUCUGUUCUGGGGCAUGACAUUGACAUUGAGGAUUAUUUCGCUCCCAUGCACGCAUGGGCUAUUGCUCCAUUUAAGACGUGGGUCGUGAAGCAGAAACCCGGUGACCUUAUUCUCGUUCCUCCUCUUGCAGCCCACCAGGUGUGGAAUCGCGGCACGCGCACUAUCAAGGUGGCGUGGAAUCGGACUACUGUUGAUACGCUGGAGCUGGCCUUAGGUGAAGCGCUACCACAUGCGAGGAUGGUUUGCCGGGAUGAACAAUACAAAAACAAAGCAAUUGUUUUCUUUACCCUCGAGCGAUAUGCAAAGAUGUUGCGACAGGCAACGAAGGUCGAGCACCCGGUGGUUGACGAGUUGUGGGCCGUCUUCAAAAGACUCUUCAGUAUGUUCACAGACAUUUUGUUGUCCGAAACAUUUUCUCGGAAGACCCCAGAAAAAGAUGUUGAGUAUCAUGCUUUCCAAAGCAAUGUCACCUGCUCGUAUUGCAGGUGCAAUAUCUUCAACCGUUUCCUUACCUGCCCCGGCUGUGCGCAUUCUCUGGGCGGGGACCAGGAUCCAUACGACGUAUGUAUGGACUGCUACGUUAUGGGAAGGAGCUGCGGAUGCAUUUCCAACCUGAAAUGGGUGGAGCAGUUCCAUUGGAAGGAUCUGAUAGAUCGCUAUGAGAUAUGGCGACGUCUAAUCAUUUCUUCCGAUCCAGCGAACAAGAGCCUCAAGUCCGACUACCCCACCUUUGUUGUCGCUCGAGGAAAAGCGGCCACCAAAACGAUUGCGGAAAUUUGCCAGGAGCAAAUGGCACGUCGGCCUUGGAACGAUCCCAAGAAGCCCAAGGCUGUCAAGAAGGCAGAGAUACUCGAUACAGCCAGUGGGUCAGAGGACGACAGCCGAUCCCGAAAGCGAAAAAAGAUUCGGAAGCCAAAAAAGAUCCAUUCGGAGGAUGUUCAUCGCUGCCACGUCUGCCUCCAUUUUGAAGUCAAUUGGAAGCUCGCCCCUUGUUCAAAUUGUGAUCAGCGAUACUGCUAUGGCAGUCUAUUCCGGGCCUUUGAAAUCCCACCACAAGCCGUCAUGGAGAAAUAUCACUGGUUAUGUCCAAAGUGCCUGAAAGUGUGCAGCUGUGGGGCCUGCAAACGUGACUCCACAAUGAGGCCCUAUGAGCCCAACUGCACCGUUCUUGGGCAUGAUACCAGCAAGGUGGCGGACCCUCGAAGCGUGGAGACUUUGGUGGACUUCCGCAAGUCCAAUCUCUGGUGGUUAAAGAAAUUCGGCGAUGACGUUCAUGGGCGGAUCCGGAAACACCAAGAUGAAGCCGAGUCCGCCGAAGUAGAACGGCAAAAGACUCUGGAAGAACAUGGGUUUCUUUUCGAGUCCAGCCCGUCGGAACACCAGACCCAAACCAGCAAUGGCAAUGGCAAUGGACAGUUGAACGGAAGCGGCACCGAAGAUGACGAUGCAGAGCCCCAACGCCUGGAUGAAGAUAUUCCUGUUGAUCCGUCCCUGAUGCUCAACAACGCCUUUCUAAACUUGGAAGACUGA